AUGGAUGUUUACAAGAGGAUUCUAAAACUUAAACCUCGCUCAACCACUCCUACUGAUCUACCCAUCAAGAUUUACAAAGAAUUUGCUCCAGAACUAGCCCCUCCUCUCUGCUCAAUAAUAAAUGCAUCUCUCUCUCAGUACUCAUGUCCAGUGGAUUGGAAAUCAUCAUUUGUCACGCCUAUAUCCAAGACUCCCAGCCUGGAGUCACUCAAUGACCUCAGGCCAGUCGCUAUCACACCCAUCCCUAGCCUCAUUUGUGAAGACUUUGUGUUUGACUGGGCGUACAACAUUAGUAAUUCCUUAGACAUACAACAAUUUGGCAACAUCAGAGCCACCUCCACCUCUCACUACCUGAUCAGCUUCCUUGACUUCAUACACAGUCACCUGGAUAAACGAAACACCUCUCUCGCUGUCGCCUUUGUGGACUUUAGGAAAGCUUUUGAUCUGGUUGACCACACCCGAGGCUCCGCCACCUUCUCCCCCCUGCCACCCCUCGCCCUGUCCACACCACCCGUCACAACAACGUUCUCAUACCCACGAGAGCUACUAGAACCAAUCGCUAUAAAAAUAGCGCCAUACCCACCAUGGUACGAGCAAUAA